GGCUUGUUGCUUGGGCUGGACCGGGACAGGAGGGCGAACGGACGGAUCUUCUACGGGAAGUAAACGUGCAUCUACGGCUUUUCUUUUCCACUCUCUCCUCCCGUAACCCCCUUUUCUCCCGCGGCUUUUUCUCCUGUGGAGAUGAGAUAAUCAACUGAGGAGCUGCUGCUUACAAAGUUUUGAAGUUGGAAAGGGUUUGGACAGGAGAAGAAGAUGCUGGGAUUAGAGGUCAUUUUGCUCUGUCUUCUUUUUGGAGCCUUGACUCAUGCCCAGAGAGCAGAGUGCAGCAAAAAGAAUGAAUGUCCAAUAGACGUAUACUUUACCAUUGACACGUCUGAGACCAUCGCUCUGCAGGAGUCUCCCCCCGGUGCGCUGGUGACGAGCAUCAAGGAUUUCACUACACAGUUUGUACAACGUUUGGAAGAUGAAGAAAUCAGGGGUGCGGUAAAGAUCAACUGGAAAACCGGUGGACUGCACUUUUCCCAGACACAAGCGAUUAUCAGUGCCAUCGGACCCAAGUCUGAAUUCAUCGAUCGUCUCAACAAAAUCGUUUACCUUGGCAAGGGAACCUACACCGAUUGCGCCCUCAAAGCCACUUUUCAGGAAAUGCUGCGUUCGCCCACAUACCCGUCAGCCCUCCGUUUUGCUGUGGUCAUCACUGAUGGCCAUGUGACUGGAAACCCGUGCGGGGGUAUUAAGGUGGCAGCAGAAGAAGCUCGUGAAAGGGGCAUCCGGCUCUUUGUCGUGGCAGCGUCUACAAACAUUGAAGAGACGGGAUUGAGGGAGAUUGCAAACUCGCCAGCUUCUGUCUACAGGGAUGAAUUCAUUGCUGUGAAUCUGAGUCAAGGCAGACCGAGAAUACACACAGAGACCAUAGAGCGCAUCAUCAAGACAAUGAAACAUGUGGCUUACACAGAGUGUUACAAAGUGUCCUGUCUAGAAACAGAUGGGCCUCCUGGUCCAAAAGGUCACAGAGGACAGAAAGGAGCCAAAGGAGACAUCGGUCAAUCAGGAGACAAAGGAGAGAGAGGUCGCCAAGGAGACCCCGGGAUUGAAGGUCCUAUCGGUCAGCCCGGUAUUAAAGGUGAACCAGGCCAGAGAGGCGAGAAGGGAGAAAUGGGAACUCAGGGGAAAAAGGGUGUGGCAGGUAUUCCAGGACGCAACGGAACAGAUGGACAGAAGGGUAAAAUUGGUCGGAUUGGUGCUCCAGGCUGCAAAGGAGACCCAGGCGACAGAGGUCCUGAUGGUCACCCUGGAGACUUUGGUGAGCGUGGUCCUUCUGGAACUGAUGGAGAGAAGGGUGAUCCUGGGAACCCUGGAAAACCUGGCCCUCCUGGCUCAUCUGGAGAGGUCGGACCAAAGGGGGAGAGGGGAAGUCCUGGAUCACCUGGUGUUCCUGGACAAAAAGGAAACCCAGGAUCUCCUGGAUCUCCUGGAACCAAAGGCGAGCUAGGGAGAAGAGGCGACUACGGGCCAAAGGGGAUACAAGGGCUAGACGGCAUUAAAGGCGACAAAGGUGAAAGUGGACCAGAGGGCCCGAGAGGACUUUUAGGUGAAUCAGGGGGCAAAGGGACAAAGGGAGACAAUGGCUUGCCAGGACCCAGGGGAUCACAAGGGGCUGCAGGAGAGCCUGGAAGAAAUGGUACUACAGGUGAUCCUGGGGAUGCUGGACCCAGAGGAGAACCUGGAUCACCUGGACCAAAGGGAGACCCUGGAAGACCUGGCUUUAGCUAUCCAGGAUCAAGGGGAUCACCGGGUGAAAGGGGAGAGAAGGGCAAUCGUGGACCUCGUGGCAGCAGAGGAGACUGUGGUCAAAGAGGCGAGCCGGGUGAUAAAGGAACUCCAGGAGAGCCAGGUGAGCCAGGAUCUAAUGGGGAGCCUGGACAAAGAGGACAAAAGGGAGAUCCUGGGCGUGAUGGUGAUCCUGGUCCUGAGGGAGAUCCUGGUCUCACUGAAUGUGAUGUCAUGAAUUACAUCAGAGAGACCUGUGGCUGUUGUGAUUGUGAGAAACGUUGUGGAGCCCUGGACAUUGUAUUUGUUAUUGAUAGCUCAGAAUCUGUCGGUCUCACCAACUUCACUCUAGAGAAGAACUUUGUCAUCAACACCAUUAACAGACUGGGAUCCUUUGCCAAAGACCCCCAGUCAGAGACGGGCACAAGAGUUGGAGUUGUUCAGUACAGCCACAGCGGGACCUUCCAGGCCAUCAAGCUCAAUGACCCCAAGAUUGACUCCCUGGCUGCUUUUAAGGACUCAGUGAAACGUUUAGAGUGGAUUGCAGGAGGAACUUGGACGCCAUCAGCUCUGAAGUACGCCUAUGACGUCCUGAUCAGGGACAGCCGCAGAGCCAAAGCCAACGUCACUGUUGUUGUCAUUACUGAUGGACGCUUUGACCCAAGAGAUGAUGAAAAUCUGCUCACCUACCUGUGCAGUGAUCCCAGUGUCGAUGUGAGCGCCAUUGGUAUCGGAGACAUGUUUGAGCAGAUUGAGGAGAAUGAGAGCCUGCAGAGCAUCGCUUGUCAGAAGGAUGGAAGAGUGAUGGGAAUGAGACGCUUCGCAGACCUUGUGGCAGAGGAGUUCAUUGACAAGAUUGAGACUGUGCUCUGCCCAGAUCCUUUUAUUGUAUGCCCUGAUCUGCCUUGUAAAUCAGGAGGGGGCAUCACUGUGGGGGAAUCCCUGUCCCCCUGGAAGCCACUGGCAGAAGAAGGCAGCCCCUUAUUGGUUCCCUCCUCCUUGGAGGGUGUGGCCGUCAUGCUGAACGGCCUGAGCGAGCAGCAGUACGGGCUUGGCAUUGCAACCAUGGCAUACACUGCCCAGAGAGCCAAACUCAGCCAGGGAGAAGACAGGCAGCAGUGGACCCAACUCUUCAUCAACUCCUUUAAAUAUGUCUACGGAGACAUAAUGGGAGACCCAGAGAAAGCCCUUGGGCUUUGCUAGUGCAACAUGCUAAUCGUGCUACCUCGCCAUUAUGGAUGCCAAUCAUUAAUAAGCUUUCUGCUGGAUAUAGAAUAUAUUUUGUCAAAUAAAUUUGUUAACACUGCAGGUGCAAUACUAAUCUUGUUUAAUGCAUGAUAUGAAGCUGGUUCUUUCAUGAACAUUUAGAGGAGCCUUGGGUUUAAAAAUAUUAAUAAUUCUCCUCAAAGAAUAUUUCUGACUGUCACAGAAAUUUGUGUUAACAGCAUAUACAUAUCACUUCUUCCAUCUAAAUGGAGGACCAUUUUCCACUGAAAUGGAAAGCAGAUGUCAUUCAUUAAUUUAGAGGCAGAUUUUACUGUAGAGCCAUUUAAAUUCCUUUUGUACAGUCACUCUGUGAUCAACCCUCUUUCCACUGUGAAUCAUAAGCUCACUGAAUUACUCAGACUUUUUUAGCUGUUUUGCACAUAUCCAUGGAUACGACCUUUAUUUUUUUCCUUGUGAAUGAUUCAUGUUGGUUAAAAGCUAUUUGAUUUGUGAAAAAUAUGUGGUUAUAAACAUGCAUCUUACAGCAUUCUGUGUUUGAGUCAGAGGUUGUUUUGUGUGCAUGUUUGCUUUAUUGGCCAGGCACUUACAACAAAGGAAAUUUUGUAUGUUAUAAUCUUGGCUGGUGCAUGUUUUUCUUCUGUGUGGCUUGGUUUGUAAAUUAGGAUAAAGAAGGAGAAAUCACCACAUUCUGGCUUUAACCAACUGUUAUGUAAUCAGCUCUGUGACUGCAAUUAUCUGAUGUGAACAAUGUUAUCCUGUAUAAAAUGAGAUAUGUUCAAGUUUUAAUUCAAGUCUCAAGAGAAUAAAAUAGUAGAGCAAACUAUAA